CUAACUACAUAGAUUUGAUUAAGCAAAAGAAGAAUGAGAAAAACCAUCAUCAUUACUGUUUCUGUAAAAUACAUGGUGUCUAACCUCUUCUUAUCCCACACAUUUUUAUUUUGCUUAUCUUUUUGGCUCUGCUCCGCUAGAGAUACCAUAACAUUUAGCAGAUUGGUAAGCUGUGAUCAAGGGGAUACUCUUAUUUCAGCAGGAGAAAGAUUUGAGCUUGGAUUUUUUACUCCUGGUUCUGACACUAGAAAAUAUGUCGGAAUAUGGUAUUACAGUUCAAAUCCAAGAACUGUUGUGUGGGUUGCCAAUCGGGACAACCCACUUUCAGGUACUAAUGGUGUUUUUGCUGUUGCAGAGGAUGGCAAUCUCAAGGUGUUGGAUGGGAGUGGAAAGAUUUACUGGUCGACAAACUACGAAACAUCAUUGGCCAUGAACAGGACAGCAAAGUUAAUGGAUAAUGGGAACCUGGUUGUGAGCCAUGAAGAGAAUGAAAAUGGGUCGAGGAGAGUUGUCUGGCAGAGUUUUGACUACCCAACUGAUACAUUUCUUCCAGGCAUGAAAAUGGAGAAAAAUUUAGUAUUGGCUUCUUGGAAUAGUUAUGAUGAUCCAGCACCAGGGAACUUCACUUUUCGGCUAGAUCAAGGAGGAGCAGACCAGUUCGUCAUCUGGAAAAGAUCGUUAAGGUACUGGAAAAGUGGAGUUUCAGGUAAGAUCAUUAGUUCUGAUGAGAUGCCCUCUGCUAUAUUUUACUUGCUAUCGAACUUCACCUCAACCAUAGUCGACAAUGACUCUGUUCCACAUCUCACAGCAUCAUUAUACAUUAAUACGAGGUUGGUUAUGGAUGUUUUGGGCCAAGUACAGUAUUUGAAGUGGGAAACUGAGAAGAUUUGGUCAUUAAUUUGGGCAGAGCCCAGGGAUAGAUGCAGUGUUUAUAAUGCUUGUGGAAAUUUUGCUAGCUGUAACAGUAAGAAUGACAUAAUGUGCAAGUGUUUGCCUGGUUUCAAGCCUAGCUCGAUGGAGAACUGGAUCAGAGGAGAUUUUUCAGGAGGCUGCACUAGAAAGUCAAUAUUAUGUGGCAAAAAUAUGGAGAGUGACACAUUCUUGAGUCUAAAGACGAUGAAAGUGGGAAACCCUGAUUCUCAAUUUAAUGCCAAGAAUGAAUUGGAAUGCCAAAUAGAGUGCCUUGACAAUUGCGAGUGCCAGGCUUAUUCAUAUGAAGUAGCUGAACUGGCACGGCGGGGUGGGAUUGGCAGUUCUGCAUGCUGGAUUUGGUCGGAGGAUCUCAACAAUAUUCAGGAGGAGUAUGACAAUGGCCGUGAUCUUUAUGUACGUGUAGCAGUUUCUGAUAUAGAAGCAACGACUAGAAAUUGUGAGACUUGUGGCACAAAUAUGAUUCCCUAUCCUCUUAGCACUGGACCAAAAUGUGGUGAUCCAAUGUACUUCAAUUUUCGCUGCAACAUUUCCUCAGGCCAGGUUAGCUUUGAGUCACCUGGCGGAACCUACAGAGUCACAAGCAUCUAUCCAGAGACACAAAAGUUUGUCAUCCAAAUAAAAGAUGCAGAUAAUUGUGGGGAUAAGAACACACAAGAUAAAUUACUGCAGCUCAACCAGUCAUUGCCAUUUAAUGUGAUUAACUGGUGCAAUGUUGCGCCAGCCAACUCUAGUUCUGACAUGUCCUUCAAAGGUGAAGAUGAAGUUGAGAUUGGUUGGUAUCCACCACCAGAGCCAACUUGCUCUUUGCCUACAGACUGCAAGGACUGGCCAUAUUCAUCCUGCAAUGCAACUGGAGAUGGGAAGAGAAGGUGCCUUUGCAAUGCAGACCUUGUAUGGGAUAGCUUGAGCUUGAAUUGUACUGAAGGAACAGCAAGACAUUCAAGAGGGAAGAUGUCCUUGUCUCUGAUUAUUGCAAUAGCUUUUACAAGUGUAAUUGUCCUAUUUACUCUCUCAAGUACUAUUGUUUAUAUCUAUAUUUGUAGGAGGAGGAUGGCUAAGAGACAAGAAAACAGGGGAACUGCUCAGAAAAGUCCAGUGUUUCACUUAUAUGACAAUGAGAGACGUGUCAAAGACUUGAUUGAAUCAGGACGGUUCAAAGAAAAUGAUGCAAAAGCAAUAGAUGUACCAUUUUUUGAUUUGGAAAGCAUACUAGCUGCUACAAAUAGCUUCUCGAAUUCAAACAAGCUUGGACAAGGGGGGUUUGGUUCUGUUUACAAGGGUAAGUUUUCAGGAGGAAAAGAAAUUGCUGUAAAGAGGCUUUCCAGUGGUUCGGGGCAAGGUCUAGAAGAAUUUAAAAACGAGGUUGUAUUGAUUGCCAAACUUCAACAUCGGAAUCUGGUUAGACUUUUGGGCUAUUGUGUCAAAGGAGAUGAAAAGAUGCUGCUAUAUGAGUAUAUGCCAAACAAAAGCUUAGACUCCUUCAUAUUUGAUCGAAAGCUAUGUGAGUUAUUAGACUGGGACAUGCGGUUCAAUAUCAUUUUAGGAAUUGCUCGAGGGCUUCUAUAUCUUCAUCAAGAUUCUAGGUUAAGGAUCAUUCAUAGAGACCUGAAAACAAGCAACAUUCUACUAGAUGAGGAGAUGAACCCCAAAAUCUCAGACUUUGGCUUGGCAAGGAUUUUUGGCGGCAAAGAAACUGCAGCAAGCACCAAAAGAGUAGUUGGGACAUACGGCUAUAUGUCUCCAGAGUAUGCACUAGAUGGGUUUUUCUCAGUCAAGUCGGAUGUCUUUAGCUUCGGUGUUGUUGUGCUUGAGAUUAUUAGUGGGAAAAGGAACACAGGGUUUUAUCAACCUGUACAAGGUUUAAGUCUUCUAGGCUAUGCAUGGCAUUUGUGGAAAGAAGACAAGUCACUGGAUUUAAUAGACCAGACACUAUCCAGAAGUUGCAACACAAAUGAAUAUUUGAAGUGUGUGAAUGUCGGGCUCUUAUGCGUGCAAGAAGAUCCAAGUGAUCGUCCGACAAUGUCUAAUGUAGUUUUCAUGCUUGGCAGUGAAGCUGCAACUCUUCCAAACCCUAAACAGCCAGCUUUUGUUCUUAGAAGAUGCCCUUCUAGCAGAGCUUCUUCUUCUAGUAAGCCUGAAACCUGCUCUAACAACGUGUUAACAGUGACUUUGGACGAUGGACGAUAAUGGAGGAGUUUCCUUUUUUUCUGAAGCAGUUUCCUUUCUUUUUUUUUUUUGGUGGUUUGAUGUCUGGUUUCAUCUUUUGUGACAAGGAUCUGUUCACUUCAGUAACUGUUUACUAUUGAUUUCUUUUUCCAGUAUAUUCACACUGUUCAUUUAAAUCUUCGCAUGUUCAUCAAUGAUGGGUAGGCACAAUUGACACAAAAAUCUGGGAUAUAUAUUAUUUGAGACUCAAUUGUAUUAAGAGAGAGGGUUUGAUUUGUGUAAUCUUCAUCUUUGCUAAUAGAUUCCUUUGCUAUUAUGCUUUUAUUGUUAA